UUUUAGUCAUUUUAAUUAACCGAUAAUUCCAAUUUAUCCAUACAAAACUUAAUAUUAUCCAAACAGAUUUUCCGUUUUCUCUUCAGCCAAUAAAAUCCCUAAUGUUACAAACUCUCUCGUCCACUUUCUCGAGAAAAAUGGCAUUUUCUUGCCUUCUUUAAGCCUUGAAGUCACUUUGUGCUGAAAUUUUCCAAUGGUGAUUCUCAUUCCUUCACCAGAAAUAUCCAGAGUCCUUUGUCACCCUAACCCUAGCCUUAAAAGGUUUAAAAUCUUGACGAACAAUGAGAAAUUUGGGGUUAAGUCUAAGGCGACGGUCAGGGUUUGCUCCAGAGUUAAAGAUUGUACGGUGAAGAUGACGGAAUUGGAUCAGAAUGUGAGGUUGUAUGGCCAGUUCUCAGCUCCAGUGAAGCGAGGUUCAAAGCCGAGCAAAGAAGAGGAAGAGAAGCAGAAUUACUAUGUGAAUAUGGGCUAUGCGAUUCGGACUGUGAGAGAGGAGUUUCCUGAGCUCUUUUACAGAGAGCCUAGCUUCGAUAUUUACAGGGACGAUAUCACAUUUAAAGAUCCAAUCAAUACGUUUAUGGGCAUUGAGAAUUACAAGUCUAUAUUUUGGGCACUGCGUUUCCAUGGAAAGAUGUUUUUCAAGGCCUUGUGGGUUGAUGUCAUUAGUGUAUGGCAGCCCAUGGACAAUGUAAUAAUGGUUCGCUGGACUGUCCAUGGCAUUCCACGAGGCCCUUGGGAUAGUCGUGGUCGAUUUGAUGGAACCUCUGAGUACAAACUUGACAGGAAAGGGAAGAUCUUUGAGCAUCGCGUUGAUAACAUUGCUCUCAAUUCUCCUCCUAAGUUUCAAGUUCUGGCUGUAGCGGAUAUAAUACAAUCUCUUGGCUGCCCCUCAACCCCAAGGCCAACCUAUUUUGAAACUUCAUCCUCAAAGAGAACAUGGUGAUGUCAAAAUUUUGGUGUAUGCUGUGCUAUAGUUGAGAGUACAUAUUGAGCAAGAGCUUGGCAUCUUCUUCUUCAAUGACGAAAAAGUUGGUUCGGAUUGCAACAUGUUGCCCAAAUUGACAAAGGUACUACCAGACUUCAGGUCAGUAACUAGCUCUAGCAACUAUAGGUUGUACUAAUCAGUAAAAGCUACGAAGAUUCUGAGUUCAACUGGACUAUUGUACAACCCUUGUAUACUUUGUAUAGUGUGAGAUGAUUACAAGUUCCCCAAUAAUGUAUCUUAUUGUAAUAUCAUAUUAUAGAAAACUGAGCACCGGUGGCAACUGCCAUGAGCCCAUGACACUUUUUUGGAUAUUUUGACUAUAGAAGCUGCUGUUUGAAGAAAGGAUUA